AGGGCUGUGGGGCUUCAGGGUAGUAGAGGAGGCUCCCGGGAGAGACUGGUGGAGCCGCGGGGCCGUGCCUGUCCGGCGGCUGUGGGGGCCCGGGCCUGUGGGCGCUCGAGAGUCCGCGCAGCCCUGUCACGCUCUCGGGGUCCUGCAGCCUGGAAAACCCCUGCAGAAGAACACACCCGACCACUCGGAACUGUGGCGGACAGUGAGGACGGGUCCCAGGAAGAGGACGCCGCAGGGCCAGAGCGCCCGGGCGCUGUUGGGGUUCAGGGGACUGGGAGCCUGCUCCCUGGGAUGCAGUCUCCCCGAAGUCGGGAGAGUCCUGCAGGAGCUGAGCGCUAGCUUGGGGAUAGAGUCCAGGGUCACCCUUGAGGAUAGCUGGGCACCCGCCCUGGGGGAGGCUCAGAGUUGAGUCUUCAAGAACUAGGUUACGAUGGGAAGAAGUUCCCCAAGCUGAAUGGAAAUGCUGUCUAUCCCGGUCGGUUGACAGACCGGGGCGGGUGGGCGUGCUGACCCUGGGGAAUCGCCACGCCUGAAGGGGUUCUUGGGCGGGAUGAAGGACUAAGAGGGUCCGAUGGCAAAAGGAGGCCUCCCGAGGCGCUUUCCCGAGGCAUUUAUACCAAAGUUGCGAGUAAAAGGACUUGACGUUCUUUGUUUCAGUACGCUUUCCCUUCUCGUCCCCUCCGUGGGUAACAGUGAAGAAAGAGCAAAACCUCGCAGCAGGAAAGAUACCUUUUGAUUUCCUUAGCUUAUGUAGUGAAGGAUCAAGCCUCGGGGAAGGCGUCGAUGGGAGACCUCGGCAGGUAUACCUUUUUGUAUGCUUUGAGAGUCGGGAUUAAAUGAGAAAAAAAAGUAGGACAUGGGAGAAGACUGAUAGGUACUUUGGACCUCUUUGUGAGGAUGGCCUGAGCUAGACACCUGAUUUGAAGGAAUAUCCUUCCAUUUCAAAGAACAGAAUGCUGAGGAAGGGAUGGCAGGUUAUUGGAGGUGUGCUUCAAAAAUUUCAGCAGUUCAGCAGUAUUUUAUCUGCCAACAAUAAUCUCUUUACUUGAUUGCACCAUGAAAAAGCUGCUAAUGAGACUUGUUGAGCACAAAAGUGGACUUGAAGAAUCAAAAGCCAUUGUUUCCAAAUGAAGAAUCUUGAACAGUUUUAAGCCUUGAUGCUUUUUAGUCACGACUGAGAUUUACUCGUAACAUCAGAAUGGCAAGCAGGCGAAAAUCAACAACACCUUGCAUGGUCCUUGCCAGUGAACAGGAUCCAGACCUUGAGUUGGUAUCAGAUUUGGAUGAAGGUCCUCCUGUCCUUACACCUGUAGAGAACACCAGAGCAGCGAGCAUCUCAAGUGACGAGGAAGUUCAUGAAUCUGUGGAUUCUGACAAUCAACAAAAUAAAAAAGUUGAAGGUGGUUAUGAAUGUAAAUAUUGUACUUUUCAAACUCCAGAUCUAAAUAUGUUUACUUUCCAUGUGGAUUCAGAACAUCCCAAUGUAGUGCUAAAUUCAUCCUAUGUUUGUGUUGAAUGCAAUUUUCUUACCAAAAGGUAUGAUGCACUUUCUGAGCAUAAUCUGAAAUAUCACCCAGGUGAAGAGAAUUUCAAGUUGACUAUGGUAAAACGUAAUAAUCAGACAAUCUUUGAACAAACCAUAAAUGAUCUGACUUUUGAUGGCAGUUUUGUUAAAGAAGAGAAUACAGAACAAACAGAAUCCACAGAAGUUUCUUCUUCAGGAAUCUCUAUCAGUAAAACUCCCAUCAUGAAAAUGAUGAAAAGUAAAGGAGAAAACAAACGGAUUACAGUCCAUCAUAACUCAGCUGAGGAUGUUCCUGAAAAGAAAGACAGUGAAAUCAAACCAGACCGUGAAGAAAACAUAGAAAGUGCAAGUUCUUCAGCUCCAGAAUCUAAUACGAGUACUUCCGUUGUAAACCGAAUACAUUCAAAUACUGCCAGUACAGUGGUGACCCCUACAGCAGUCCUUCCUGGACUAGCACAGGUCAUCACUGCAGUGUCAGCUCAGCAGAACUCUAACUUAAUUCCCAAAGUCUUAAUCCCUGUCAAUAGCAUUCCUGCCUACAAUGCUGCAUUAGAUAACAACCCCCUUUUACUUAACACCUACAACAAAUUUCCUUAUCCAACAAUGUCGGAAAUCACAGUUCUUUCUGCUCAAGCAAAAUAUACAGAGGAACAGAUCAAGAUUUGGUUUUCUGCCCAACGUCUGAAACAUGGUGUUAGCUGGACUCCAGAAGAAGUAGAGGAGGCAAGAAGAAAGCAGUUCAAUGGGACUGUACAUACUGUUCCUCAGACCAUAACUGUCAUCCCUACACACAUUUCUGCGGGGAGUAACGGGUUGCCAUCCAUUUUACAGACAUGCCAAAUAGUUGGCCAGCCAGGUCUGGUUCUUACCCAAGUGGCUGGAGCAAAUCCCUUGCCUGUGACCGCACCAAUAGCCUUGACAGUGGCAGGGGUUCCCAAUCAGACAAAUGUACAGAAAAGCCAAGCACCUGCUGCUGCACAGCCUGUUGCAGAAACAAAGCCAGCCCCAGCAGCAGCUCCACCUCCCCAAAAUGUCAAGCCCGAAGCGCAGGUGGUAAACCCUGAUUCGUUUGGCAUUCGGGCAAAAAAGACUAAAGAACAACUGGCAGAACUGAAAGUUAGCUACCUGAAAAAUCAGUUUCCCCAUGAUUCAGAAAUCAUCAGACUUAUGAAAAUCACAGGCCUGACGAAAGGAGAGAUUAAAAAAUGGUUUAGUGACACAAGGUACAACCAGAGAAAUUCAAAAAGCAACCAGUGCUUACAUCUCAACAGUGAUCCCUCCACCACCAUUAUCAUAGACUCCAGCGAUGAGACCACAGACUCACCGACGGCGAUCACUUCGCAGCCCAAGCAGUCCUGGAGCCCUUUUCCUGACUUCACUCCCCAGAAGUUUAAAGAGAAAACUGCAGAGCAACUUCGCGUUCUCCAGGCCAGUUUUCUCAACAGCUCGGUUCUUACAGAUGAGGAACUAAAUAGGUUACGAGCGCAAACCAAACUUACCAGAAGAGAAAUUGAUGCUUGGUUUACAGAGAAAAAGAAAUCAAAAGCUUUAAAGGAAGAGAAAAUAGAAGUAGAUGAAAGUAACGCAGGUAAUUCCAAAGAGGAAGCUGGAGAAACUUCUCCUGGAGAUGAAUCUGCCCCGCCUAAGUCAGGGAGUACAGGCAAGAUAUGCAAAAAAACCCCGGAGCAGCUGCACAUGCUGAAGAGCGCAUUCGUGCGCAGCCAGUGGCCGUCCGCGGAGGAGUACGAUAAACUGGCUGAGGAAAGUGGCCUUGCUAGGACAGACAUAGUCAGUUGGUUUGGGGACACGCGUUACGCUUGGAAGAAUGGAAACUUGAAGUGGUACUACUACUAUCAAAGCUCCAACUCGAGCAGCAUGAACGGCCUGUCUUCCCUCCGGAAAAGAGGGAGAGGGAGGCCCAAAGGGCGAGGCCGAGGAAGACCCCGUGGGCGGCCACGAGGAGGCAAGAGAAUGAGCAACUGGGACAGGAUGCCAUCGCUGAUAAAAUUUAAAACUGGAACUGCAAUCCUCAAGGAUUAUUACCUGAAGCACAAAUUUCUCAACGAGCAAGAUCUUGAUGAACUCGUCAACAGAUCACAUAUGGGCUACGAGCAGGUCAGAGAGUGGUUUGCAGAAAGACAGAGAAGAUCCGAGCUAGGAAUAGAAUUAUUUGAGGAAAACGAGGAGGAAGAUGAAGUUAUUGAUGAUCAGGAAGAGGAUGAAGAAGAAACUGAUGAUAGUGAUACUUGGGAACCCCCGCGACAUGUGAAGCGGAAACUUUCCAAAUCGGAUGACUGAAAUCUGCUUAAAAUUUUGAAGGAGAAUCAAUUCAAGAUAUCUGAUUUACUGUGAAUGGGCCCAAUCUUCGGUGACACUGAAAAUGUUUUGGGGAAUACAAACUCUCAAAAAACAGGAUCCAAUGUCCAAAAGAAAUGGAGCUUAAUGUUGUGCCAAAGUUAAACUACUGCAGCUGGUGGAAGUUCUGCAAUGUAAAUAGAACAGUAAUUAAAAACAACUUGUAAAAAUUCAAAUUUUAAUACAGUACAUUUUUAUUCUGCUAACAUGGAGACAUUCUGAAUUUUGGACUUUUUGAAGGGGUUUAAUGACCACUAGAGUUUGUUCUCAUAUUUAGUCCAGCUUACCAGGAUGUGUCUAGUAAGAUGAGCUGUAUUGCCUGUAUUCUCUGAUACGUGAUUAAGCUUACAGCUUUGAGUGACCAAACAUUUUAAAGAGUCAAAAUUGUUAGAAAUGGGGGAAAAAAGCCCUGAUCCUUGGUUUAUUUCUGUAUCUUAUUUAUCAGGCCUUGUAACAAGAUUAAAAAUUGUACGUAAGCCUAAACAAUUUCAAGCAUAAAAAGAACCUAUUUACCCAUGUUGGAACAAUAAGAUUUUGUGGUAUCACCGGCCCUUAAUGAUUAGAUCUUUCAUUGAGCACUCACGGAUACCACUAUUUCUGUUUGUAAUACUUAUGUUACUUUUUUUCAUUAGAAGCUGUUUUGCUUGUUAUUAAACUGAAAAUAAUACCGAAGAAGGAAAAGAAACUGCUAAAAGAAGUGGAAUAGAAUAAAACUCUAAAAUAAAUACUGUACCAAAAAAUGUGAACAAGAAUCAUGUGAUAAAAUACAUUACUGUUUUCUUACAAUCAUGUGGAGAUCAGAAAUGUUUGUAGAAAUGUCAGAUCAGAAUUUUUUAAGAACUAUCUUUUGUGAAAUUCUACCGUGUGUAACAAUUUCAGUGAACAGAGAAAAAUUCUGAACUGAUUCCAGUGAGUUAACAGUUAGCUUUUCACUUAUGAAUCAUGGGCGUGUUUAGCUGUUAACUCUUUCUACAUCAGGAGACUGCAAGUUUAUAUUAACUUAAUACUUUGUAAAGACGGGUGCUGUUCAUGUUGAGAAGGACCCUCUCCUUUGUGACCAUAGGACCAUUUUGCAAAAUGUGCUUUCUUUAUGGAAGAAGUAUUCAGUUUAAUGAGCUUUGGAUUUUAAAAUGUUUUUCUGAAUGAUCACAUGUAGUGGGCUUGGCCAGUUUAUUUUAUCUAAUUUAAUGAAUAAUAAAUAUUAAGCUCUUGGUUAAAUGUUUGUCAGCUAAUGAAAAUAUUAUGAAAAAGCCUUGAAUAUGCAUGCUGCUUUCAUUUUUAUAAACUUUUUAUUUUUUACCUAUAGCUUUAUUAGUAAUUCUCAAAUGCUGCAAUUUAGCUGAUUUCUUCACUCAGACAGUUGGCUUUGUGGGUGGCUUUUUUCAUACUACUGUUAACUUUUUUAAAAAAGAAGCAAUGUAAAGACUGUAACAAUUGAAUGCACUAAACUCUUCUUUUACAUGUUUAAGAACUUCUUAAAGCACUCUGUAUUAUAAUGAUUAAAUUGUUCCCUUUUUUAAACCAUUGCUAACGUGGUCUGAGUUUUGUUUGACAGUAAUUUUAAUGUUUUCAAAAUUUGAAAUGUCAAGUAUUGGAAUAUAUUUAUAUUAUGUUUGAAUAUAUUUAUAUUAUGUUUCCCUUGUGAUAUGUUAACUCUGUAUAGCUGUAAAUAACUACAGUAUUAAUAAAAUUUUCCCAUCUCUUUUAUAUAGAGUGGAUAAAACUCUACUCCGAUGUUUGCCAGCUUUUAAAUAUAUUUAUUUGACAGAGCAAGAGAACCUUUCUCUCCUGGUUUAUUGUUUCCUUAAAUACAAAAUAAAAGCAGUGAUUAGUAGUUUUCAGUGACGUUUUUCCAUUUUAUUAACUCAGUAAGUUUUUAAAAUUGUGGCAUAAUAUAACAUAAACUUUGCCAUUAUACCCACUUUAGCUAUACAACUGAGUGACAUGAAAUUGUAUUCACAGUGUUGCUCAACAAUCAUCACUGUUUCCAAAAAUUUUUUAUCACCAAAACAGAAACUUGCAGCCAUUAAGCAAUAACUCCCCGUUCUCUCCAACCCUGGGUAACCUCUAAUCUACUUCUGUGUCUAUGAAGUUGCCUAUUCUUGAUAUUUCAAAUAAACAGACUCAUGCAAUGUUUGUCCUUUUCUAUCUGGCUUGUUUCACUUAGCAUGUUGGCAAGGCCAUUCAUGUUGCAGCAUGUAUUAGAAUUUUUUAAAUAGCUGAAUUAUAUUUUGUUGUGUAUAUAUUCACUGUGUUUUGGUUAUCACUUACUUGUUGAUGACACUUGGGUUGUGUCCACCUUUGCCUGUUGUAAAUAAUGCUGCAUCGAGCACUGACAUACCAGUAUUUUUUGUUUUGCAGUAUUGGAGUUUGAACCCAUGACCUUAACAUUGAGCAACAUUCCUCUGCCCUUUUUAUUUCUUACUUUGAGGCAGAGUCUUGCUAAGUUGCCCAGGCUAGGUUUGAAUUUCUGAUCCUCCUGCCUUAGUGUUCCAGAGUGCUGGCAUAACAGGCAUGCACCACUCUACCUGGCUUUGGUUCUUUUGGAUGUAUUUCUAGAAGUGAAACUCUUGAAGCAGAUGUUUUAUUGGUUGGUUCUGCAGCACUGGAGGUUAAAUCCAGGGCCUUGUACUUAAUACACAGUAUUAUCACUGAGCUCAAUUUAAUUUAUUUUAUUUUGAGACAGUAUCUUGCUGAAUUGCCCAAGCUGGUCUUAAACUUGGAAUCCUUCUGCCUUAGUCUCCUGCGUGGGUAGGAUUACAGGCAUGAAUCACAAUAGCUCUAUGUUUAACUGUUUCAGGGACUGCCAGACUCUUUUCCUACAAUACCAAACUAUUUUCAGCAGAAUCUGUAUGUUGUAAUUUUAUUAGUAGUGUACAGGGGUUUCAGUUUCUCUCCCUUCUUGUUCAUGCCUGUUAAUAAAAUUAUUAUAUAAUGUAGUUAAUGUAAGGAUAGAGUGUAGGGAACAAAAAUAGUUCUAGCAGAGGCUGGGGAUUAAGCUCAGUGGCAUAAGUGCCUGCUGUGCAAGCAUGCAGUCGUGAGUUCGAUCCCCGGUACCGAUAAAAAAGAAAAAGACAAAAAAAAAAAAAUAGUUCUAGCCAUUUCAGUAGGUAGGAAAUGGUAUCUCACUGUGGUUCUUACUUGCAUUUCUCUAGUCAUGGAAGACCAUGGGACGGCUCUCCCUGAACAACCGCUUGUCUCCAUGUUGGCUAACCCUGGCCCUACUUCCAUGCACUGAUAUGUACGGAGCUGGCUAGGGUAAUAUUCUCCACCCUCAACUGACCCAAAGCAGUGCAAAUGGGUCUCUUGGAUGUGCUGAUGCAUAUAGCCUUUGAAGUAAGGUGACAGGUCAGUGAUGCCCCGCCUGCUUUGUAGCUCCCAGCUCCUUACUUGUUUCUAGCAAUGUUCUGUAGUUUUCAGUGUACACGUCUUUCACCUUCUUGGUUAAAUUUAUUUAAUUUAAGUAUUUAAUUUACUUUAUUGCACGGAUUGUACUAGGGAUUGAAUACAGGGCUUCAGCCCUGAGCUACAUUUCAACGCCUUUUAAAAUUUUGUUUUAAAUGUUGAGACAAGAUCUCCCCAAGUUUCCCAAGCUGGGCUUGAAUUUGCAGUCCUCAUGAUUUAUCCUUCCGGAGUGCUGGGGUUACAGUGCAUAACACCACCAAGUCCAGUUAGUAUUUUAUUAUUUUAGAUGCUGUUAAUAGGAUUUCUGUCUUUCUAUCUGUCUGUCUGUAUUUCUUUCUUUUUUCUUUUUUGGGUUGUUUAUUUCUGGGGUAGAGAAAGAUUGAUUUUCAUUUGUUGAUCUUGUGCUGAAUUUAUUAGCUCUAGUUAGCUCUCUUGUGUGUUCUUUGGGGUUCUCUAAACAUAGGAUCAUGUUUCUGUGGGUAUAUGUCCUUUCCAAUUUGUUUCUUUUUUCUUGUUCUUUUUUUUUUUUGUGGUGGUAUUGGGGAUUGAAUUCAGGGCUUUAUGCAUGGUAGGCAAGCACUCUACCACUAAGGUACAUUUCCAGCCCCUCCUUUCCAAUUUGAAUGCUUUUUAUUUAUUGCCUAAUUGCUUUGGCUAGAACUCAUAAUAUUAUAUUUUAAAAAGGAACAGAAGGGGCUGGAGAUUUAGCUCAGUGGCAUAAGCGCCUGACUUCAAGCAGACAGUCGUGAGUUCGAUCCCCGGUACCGAUAAGGAAAAAGACAAAAAAAAAAAAAAAGGAACAGAAAAAUAAAAAGCUAGAUACCUCUUCCUGUCUGACCAUUGCUUAGUCCUGGAUCACUCUCAACCCUCUGGGCUUGUGGUGAGCCUGAGAAUCAGCCCAAGGUGAACACUUAGGGUCUGCCUCAGUUUUUCACUAGUAUGGAUCUUGCCCUGGGUAUGUGUAUGCCUUUACAAGCUCUUCCAAAUACACAGGAACUUUUGAAUGUCUUGUCUUCCCAAGGAAUCUUCCAGUCUUUUUCCCUUUGCAGUGUAGUAUAUGCCUCAACUAUAAAAUUGCCAUGGGAAUUUUCAGGUCAUUGGUUCACGUUGCAGUCUUUUCAAGCAAUGUCCACUGCUUUUUAAUCCAAGUACCAAGUUAUACAAAACAAGGAAGCAUCUUCCAUCGGUCCUUCAGACAGAUUGGAACAUGUACACUUAGUUCUUUGUAAAUAAGGUCUUCUGUGUUUGCCCUGGAACCAGGGACUAGGACUCCAUAGCUGAGAACAUGGAUUGUUUAUCGUCUCCCCACUAAAAUUUAAGUUCCAUGAGAGCAAGGAUCUGAUCUUAUUUAUCACUAUAUUUUUCACUCUGAAAACAGUGCUUGCCUUUAAUAGAUACGCAACAAAUUUUACUUGACUCAAUUUACAGAAAUAGGAAAUUUGAGUGAAAUCAAAAUAUUAAUAUAUGUUGAUUUAAAAAAAUGAAAAUUGGGGCUGGGGAUUUAGCUCAGCGGCAUAAGCGCCUGCUUGCGAGUAGUCAGUCCUGAGUUCGAUCCCUAGUACCGAUAAAAACGAAAAAGACAAAAAAAAAAAAAAAAAAAAAAGAAAAUUAGUGGGAUGAUUCUCAUGUCUGCGAUAUAGGAAUACAUUUUGCUUGUAAGGAACAGAAAAAGGUGGAAAAGAGGAGAAAAGAAUAUUUACAAAUAUCUAUGGAAAUAUCUAUGGAGAAUGACUACUCAGAGAAAAGCUGUGUGGAUAUGAAAGGAAGAAAUGUGGUUUCACACAGGUGUUUUUGACUGUGAAGCUCCGUAAUUCUCUAUCAUAGCACAUCAAUAAAUCUGUAAUUAAAGAAUUUGCCACUGCUUCCCCAUCUUAGUAAGGGCUUUGUGACAGCAAGGACCAUGAGUGGCAUAUCUUUGGCUCAUGGCACAGAGGAGGCCCUCAAACACAUUGCAUUAUACAUGGAAUGGAUAAAUUAAUACUGUGUUACACAGUUUGGGCAUUCUCCUAAGACAGUGUGUUCAGAGGACUGGCUUUUGGAAGUCUCUGGCUCAUGAGGACUCUAACUUCAUCAGUGGCUUAAUCCAUUGAUAGAUUUAUAGUCUUACAGUAUUAUCAGGAUAUGAGGAACGGGGGCAUCACCGAAGGAGGUUGGUUAUGGGGAACUAUGUUUUGUCUCUGGCCCCUUCUUUGAAUCCUUUUCACCCCCCUGCUUCCCGGCUGCCAUGACAGAAGCAGUUUUGUCUCACAAUACGCUUCCAGCAUGUUUCUGCCUCACGGCAAGCCUAAAGCAAUACAGCCAGUUGACUAUGAACUUAAAACUUCUGAAGCUGUAAAUCAAAAUUAAAAAUCUUUUCUCCUUUGAGUGGUUUAUCUCAAGUAUUUAACCACAGCAACAAAAAGUUGAGUAAUACAAAAAAUAGGUGUCAUAAAUGGGUUGUUGCUGUGACUACACCUGCUCUGAUCAUGUGGCUUAAAACCUUUGGAACUUGUUUGUGAGAGGAAUUUGGAAAAACAUGGAAAUGUAGCUUAGAAAAAUCUCCAGGUAUUUUUUUCUUUAUUGGUACCGGGGAUCAAACUCAUGACCACACGCUUACAAGGCAGGCACUUAUGCUACUGAGCUAAAUCCCUGGCCCUAUCUCUAGGUAUUUUAAGUGAAGCUUGAUGGUUGAUCCUGGUGGAUCAGAAUGCUGACAGGAAUACAGAUAGUAAAGAUUCAUGUGCUCAUGAGGUUUCAGAUGAGAAUGAGGACUUUAUUGGGAAUUGGGCUGGAGACCUUGAGUAUUACAUUCUGACAAAAAAUGUGUCUACAUGUUAUCCAUGCUUUACUACUGUGUGAAGCUAUUUAAAGGCAAUGCACUAAUUAUUCUGGUGGAAAUUUCAAGGUAGCAUAGCAUCAGGUAGUGGCAUGUAUAUUUUUGGCUGACUGCUUUUACAGUGAGAACUGGGAGCAAAAAGUAGAACUGACAGAUUUGAGAAACUUGCAGCAUGGCCAGGAAGGAAGCAUGUGUACAGGGUACUGAACAGAUUAGUGCCAUUUAGAAGCUGCCAAGUACUUUGCACAGAACAACAGGAAAGAGGUUUUGAGGGUAUUUUGGAAAUCAAGACCCCACUCCUGGUACCAAUUUUCUGUGUUAGCCUGUCAUCACUGUAAGAUGGUAUCUGAGAUAAGCAACUUAAAGGAGAAAAGAUUUAUUUUGGCUCAUAGUUUCAAAAGUUUUAUUUAUGAGUAGCUGGCUACAUUGCUUUAGGCCUGUGGUGGGAGGCAGAAACAACAUAGCUGAAAGGUGUGGUGGAACAAAGGGGAUUGCUUAUGGCUUCCAGGAAGCAAAAAGAGAUGGCAAGAGCCAGAAAGGAAUGGACAGAGCCGGUGAGGAAGGGGCCACAGACAAGAUAUAGUCACCAAGGUCACACUCCUGUGACCUACUCCUUUCAACUAGGCCCUGAUUUCUAAAUUUUUAUUACUUCCCAGUAUAAAUUUUAUUAUUUCCCAAUAAUAAUGAAAUUACCAUGUGAUCAAUGGGUUAAUAUACUUAUUUUUUUUUUUUUUGUCUUUUUCAUUUUUAUCAGUACCAGGGAUCGAACUCACGACCGCCUGCUUGCAAGGCAGGUGCUUAUGCCGCUGAGCUAAAUCCCCAGCCCCGGGUUAAUAUACUUAUAAAGCUGGAGACCUCACAGUCUGAUCCCCUUCUAAAAGACCCACAUUGAAACAAAUACAAGUAACAUUUUUGAGACUGUUUUUUUUGAGACAGGGUCUUCCUAUGUAGUUCAAAGUGGCUAUGUAGCCCAGGCUGACCUUGAACUCUCUGCAGUCAUCCUGCCUCAGCCUCCCAAGUGCUGGGAUUAAAGGUGUGUGCCACCAUACCCAGUUUAGACACAUUUUAGAUUUAAACCAGAACACUAUUUAAUAUCCUAUAGGAACAUACAGUGUAGACUGUCAUUCAGUAAAACACUGAGCAAGGGUGACUGGGUGCCAGACACUGUGAUUGGUGGUAGACACAGUGACCCACAGUGGAAAGUGCUCAUGGUCUACCAGGGAUGAUGGACAAGAGAGCAUGGGAUGAAAAAGUGAAUGUGGACAUCAGCUAGAGAGAUUGUAAAAUAUCUCUAGAUGGAGAGAAGGACUUGGUGUUAGUUGAACCCAGACAAGGGCCAUAUGAGCCAGGCUGAGGAGUCAGGAGAGGUUAAAAGGCUGGGGUGUGUGGCUGCGUGUAUCUGUGUUUCUAACAAAGGAAAGGGAAGACUGCAGGAGGGAAAGACUGGACAACAGAAUGUGGGAGGCUGGUUCAGAACGCAGCUGGUUGGAGGCAGGAUUCAGGUAAGGUCCCAGGGUGUUGAGGGUUCACCAUCCUGAUUCGGGGAGGUUUCACAGGGGAGUGUUGGUUCCUACCCUCCUCAACUCACAGACAGGAUGUGAAUAUGUGACCCAGACUGAUAAGUGCUCCUUCCAUCAUAUCCUAGUGCUCCUCCCUGUCAUUCACCUGCCAUCCAACAGGCACUGAAUGAGGUUCUCUGGACCAAGCCUUCUGGGGGCUGAGUUUACAGGAGUAAAAGGCACCAUCUUUGGCCUUGACAGUACAUAGUGUGUCAAAUGCACAGUAAGUAGGAACAAGGGAAAUCAAGACAGAGGAGAAGCCUUCAAACAAAAGGCAGACUUUUUAUAGCUGAAAAUCUAUAGAAACAGAUUGGUGAUAAAAGGGCUGGAAACCUCUCAGCCCAGGAAUUGAGUCCAUAGUGCAGAACCAUCAUCAUAAGCUGCCCCAGCAGACUUCCUGCCACCUCAGCAAAAUGGAGCUCAGCUGGUGCCUGUGCUAGCAGGAGGCUGGACCCAGAGCUCUUUGACUGAACAGGACAGUGUUGAAUUCCAAGACCAGACAGCCUUCAGAAAGAACAUGUAAAGGAUAUCCUGUCCUCCUUGCCUGCCUUUGCUUUGCUAUUCCUCUGCACUUGGAGGAAGAAUUUUUUUUUUUUUUUGAGAUAAGGUCUCCCCAUAUAGUCCAUGACUAUCCUUGCACUAUGUAGCCCCCGCUGGCCUUGAGCUAACAGCAAUUCUCCUGCCUCAGCCUCCCAAAUGCUGGGAUUACAGGCAUGUGCCACCAUGCCUGGCUCUGGAGCAAGAAUUUGUAAUGUGGGCCGGGGAUUUAGCUCAGUGGCUCAAGCCCUUACUUGGUAAGCACAAGGUCAUGUGUUCCAUCCCCGCCCCCCCCCAAAAGAGAACAAUCACAAAAAAAGAAUUUGUAAUGUAUGUUUACCCACUUGCUAUCUGACAGGCAUCAUAUAUACUACUUUAACCAGUACCAAGAUCUCUCUCUCUUAACACUAGGCUGUACUGUUUCUGUUAGGAUGAGGCUUAUUAGAAUUAACAGUACCUAUCUCUACCUUCUUAGGACCCUGUUUCUGUUGGAUGAUACUAUAAAUUGCUUUCCUAUUUUCCUAAAUCUCAAAAUUUUCCCUAAUAAUUAAAUUUUGGGAAAACAACAUUUUUAAAAAAUGGACCCUCUCUGAGCUAAGUGUGAUGGUGCAUGCUUGUACUCCCUGCAGUUUGGGAGGCUGAGGCAGGAAGAUCGUAAAUCUGAGCCCAGCCUGGGCAAUUUAGCACAUUAAUGAGGCCCUGUCUGAAAAUAAAAAUAAAAAGAGGGUUGGGGAUAUGGCUCAGUGUGAAGACCCUGGGUUCAGUCUCUAAAAUCGUAAAAGAAAUAAGAAGGGCUGGGGAUUUAGCUCAGAAGCGCCUACCUGGCAAGUGCAAGGUCUUGAGUUUGAUUCCCCCAUACAAAAAAAAAAAAAAAAAAAAAAAAAAAAGAUUAAAAAAACCGAAAGGCAGAUUGCCUCUGACUAUCCGAGUGGAACUUCCUAUCUGAAGCUGUUGGAUGAAUGAGUUGGUUUUUGAUUUGGGGAGUAAUCAACAGAGAGCUAGAUUUUAAAACCUGCCGGGCUGGUUUAGGACUUGGAUGAGUUUGUGACAAGAGGAACUGAUCAGUGGUAUGGGGAGGGGGCUCUAUUAUCCUCGGUGGGCACCAUACAGUGUGCACCAGUGGCCGGUGCUGUGUCACCAACGUUACUUUCUAGAGUCAAGGGAUAUCCUGACAGUAUCAAAUCCCAACCAGUGUUCGUCAGGCAGAGUGAAGCCCUGGCGCACCUUUCCGCCUCACUUUAUGAACGCGCCACUUGGGCCGGUGACGGGCCGCGGCAUCCUUCUACAGAGCCACAAGCAGUUUCUGUGGUCUCUCAGUUCUUCAGCCAGGGAAACCGGCUUCUGAGAAGCUCCGUCAGCACGGAGCUUCGGCACGACAAGACUGAAGUUCACGUAAUAAUAAAAGCAGCGUUAACGGUGCAGGGGACCCUGUUAGCGGUUUUUGAAAGGUUGCUUCUGAGCCUGAAGCAGCCACCCCGCGGCCAACGCUUCGUGGGCCUCGGCGCAGACCUUCUGCAAGCAGAGCCAAGCCCUCGCGCCCGGUCUUCCGAAAGUGAGCUCUGCGAGUCCCGCCUCGGGUCGCACCUCGAAGACUACGCGUCCCAGCAUGCCGCGCGCGCCGCCGCUUCCGGGUUGGCUGAGCCGGAGCCGCUCCAGGAGCAGGCGGCUGUGUUCCCGGCGUGCGCCAUGGAGCCGGACUGCUGGCUGAUCGGAGGCGAGUUCGAAGACUCGGUGUUCGAGGAAGGACACGAGCGGCGGCCUGGGCCCCCCGCGCCCUGCGGCGCCAAGCACUGCGAGCCGCAGUGGUUUGAUGAAGAAACAGAGAGCAGUGAUGAUGUGGAAGUUCUCACUGUCAAGAAGUUCAGAGGAGAUCUGGCGUACAGACGUCAAGAGUAUCAGAAAGCGCUACAGGAAUAUUCCAGCAUCUCUGACAACUUGUCCCCUACCAACUUUGCCAUGAGAAGAGACGUCCAGGAAUCCCAGGCUCGCUGUCUGGCUCACUUGGGAAGGCACCUGGAGGCACUGGAGAUCGCUUCCAACUUGG